AGCUAGAAUCUCAGCCAUAAAGCAGGGCAGGACUGCUGCUUACAAUGGGGGGGAUCAGAUAGGAUCAUGUGGGCAGUAGUCAGCUACAGGGUAACAUAGGUCCCAGCCCAGUAAGUCCAGAGAAGUUGCUGUUUAGAGGGAGAGAUCUGACACAGAGCUGGUAUCUGUGGGAAGUAAAGUUUGAUGUAUAAAGCAGAAACUAAAGCAAUCAGCAGGACGGCUCCCGACAGAAUCCUGCAUGGUUGGAUGAGCAAACCAACGCACAUAGAAAAAAAGUGUAUAGAAAAAAGCAAGAAAAUUGUUUUUUCAUCAAUUAUAACCCUCUUUGGGGAAAAAAGUCAAAGUCCAACUGGAGUAAAAGAUGUGAAUAUUAGUAAAUCUGACAGGGGCCCAAUGUGACUCUCGCUUUAAAUAAUCUCCAAUAAAACCUGCGACCACUAGAUGUCACUGUUUUCCUGUUAAAGGAACCUGCUAGCAAUUCACUUAGUUGAUCACUAGAUGUCACUGCUGCCUAUGGGGGGAUUACACUGUGGCCUUCCAUUGUUUCCAUACGGAGUUCCUUGCUAGAGCACCGCCCCAGGCUUCCUGUCUGCAAGUCACAUGGGUAGACAGGACCUGAUGGAUCUCAGGCACUUCUGAUACAGUGAGUGUGGGGCCCCUCCUACCUGCGCACAGGUCCCGCCCAUUCCCAACAUGGAGUCACACUCGUCCUGUGAGUAGGCCUGGCAGGUAUGUCACAGAUAAAGGAAGAAGAUCUGGACUCUAAAGAUCAUCUGAAGCCAAUGGAAAGCUCAGCGGUGCCCCUUACUCAUUGGGCUUCCCCCAAAACAGAACCAGAAAUACUACAAAUAAAGAUAAAGGAAGAAGAACCGGACCCUAACGAUGAUCUGAUGCCACCAACAAUGCUCCUAGUGACACACACUGAUGGGGAGAACUGCCUGAAUGGUGAAGUGAAUAGAUGCCCAGAAGCUGCCCAGCUGGGCACAUCAGACGGCUGCAGGGCGGCACAGCACAGAGCUCACACACAAUUCACUGUUUUCUCAGCAAGCGCCGAAGAGCCGAGAUGUAACUGCUGUAAAUGCGGCAGAAUGUUCUCAUCGAGCGGCGACCUUGCCACCCACCACUGCGCGAACGCUUUGUACGAUUCCCAGUCACGUGACGCGGCCCUGGUGGGACAAUUCCACUGCACAGAAUGUGGCAAAAGUUUUGCCCAUAAGGUUGGCAUCGCGGAACACGCAAAGCUUCACACAGGGGGGAAACCCUUCCCGUGUACAGAGUGUGGCAAAGCCUUUGCUCGGAAGAGCAGCUUCCAGAACCACCAGGAGACUCACGUUGUGGCAAACAGACCCUUCACCUGCGGGGAGUGCGGCCGCGGAUUCGCUCAAAAGGUCACACUGCGCCUUCACCAGAACGUUCACACGGGGGAGAAACCAUUCACGUGCACGGAAUGUGGGAGGAGCUUUUCCAAGAAGGACAAUCUGCGGCGACACAGCAAGUUGCACGUAGUGCAGAAGACGUGCAGCCAGUGCGGCAAAUAUUUUACCCAAACGCGUUUCCCCUAUGGCUCGCCCGGGCUCAGCCCAUUCACCUGCCUGGAGUGCCAGAAGAAAAAUCACAUACGGGAAAUGCCUUUGAGGUGCGCCAAGUGCGGCGACGGCUUCUAUCGGAGGAAUCACCUGACUAUUCACCAGAAGGUUCACGAGAGGGAGAAAACGUUUGGGUGCAAAGACUGCGGCGAGGCUUUCCCCGAGAAGAAACAACUCAAGAAGCACCAGGGAAUCCAUAGCAAAGGCAGAGAGGUGGAAGGAGCAGGGGUCCCCGAAACGGAUUGAACGAUUGUGUGAGAGCAGCGCCCCCUGCAGGAUCGACAGAACCACCCCGAGAGGGACGAACCUGUAACAUAAUGGGAAAUCAUGGGCUCAACAGCAAACGCCUGAAUCUCAAUGUUCUGCUUCUCCCAUUCAUUCCUGUUUAUUCCUCUGUUCCCUGACGGCUACAGCAUCAUUGUGAGCAGCUUGUAGCCCCCUGUGUGCAGCUCCACCCCCAGAGCAAGUGCAGAUGGAGCCGCAGCUAUUUGUGCAUUUGACACACAGCUCCAUUAUAUGUACUGGGAAUAGAGCAGGGAUGUGGCCCAAAUUCCCAAAUAAAGUGCCCUCUAAUGUCUGCCGUGUAGCUGCCAUUCUGUGAGUGUGACGUGCCCUGUACCGAGUGCUGUGAGCGCUGAUGUGGCUUCCAUAGGAACAUUGAGAGGAAUAAAAUGGCUCAGAAACUGCCUGGAGCUCUUUAUGCAUCACUUCUUGGUAUUUAUCUUGUAGGCAAUAAUAAAUAUUAUGUUGUUCUGGA